AUGGAGAUCGAUGAUAAUUUAUCACAGUGUCUUAUAGAGGCUUCCGUAUUUCAAUUUCCCAGCGCACUGAGAAGGUUAUUUGCGACAAUGCUGAUUUUUUGUGAACCAGGAAAUGUUCACAAAUUAUGGGACGACCACUAUGCUUCUCUUUCUGAAGAUUAUAGGACACAAUAUGGAUGUGCCGAGCGAGUGCAAAAUAUGGUCCUCAUCGACAUUAGAUUCUUCCUAGAAUCUAUGAGUAAAAAGCUUAGUGAUUAUGACCUUCCAAAUGUCAGUCCACACAUCGAUUUACAAUCAAGAGGCUAUCAUGAGGUGCAAGAAGAAUACUCUAUAAAUGUGGAAUAUGAAGACUUACAUACGCGGGAUUCUCUCAAUCUAGACCAGAAAUGGUCCCGGUGGACCUGGAAAGACAUUUUGUACAAAGCUUUGUUGGCCAAUAUUCGUGCAUGUGGUCUUAUUGCACUUGCAACUGCCACAUCAAGUGUUGCGACUAACAACAUUCCAAGAGGGAGAACAGCUCAUUCACUAUUUGGAAUUCCCCUCAAUCUUGAUAAUAACUUGAUGUGCAAGAUCACUAAACAAAGUGGGAAAGAUCAGACAUUUCACAAGGAAAAGGUAAUCAUAUGGGAUGAAGCAGCAAUGGCUAAGAGGCAUGCAGUAGAAGCAGUCGAUCGGACAAUGCAAGACAUCACAGAUGAGAAGCUCCCUAUAUUCGUAUACCUGAUAACAUGUCCAUUCCAUACACUGAUAAAACUAAAUCAGUGGACGCUCUGA